UCAGCGACGGGAACUGCCAGCGGCCGCCAGAGACAUCCACACCGUGAACAUGGACAACCCAUUCUUUGCAGAUAUCUCAUCUCCCAUCGUUCGGGAAGCCGAGGUUACCAAAGCCGCUCGGAGACGCAGUGCUACAAGACGCAAUGUCUCUAUACCAACAAAUGUGAACGAAGCUACACCGGCACGGAUACAAAUGCUUGCUCGCACUCCAGGAUCUUCAUUCCGCCAAGCCUGCACACCACAGACUCGAAGGCAGCCUGAAUUGUCUGGUAUUUUAGGAUCAGUCGGCAGAUCUCCGCGUUUUUUUCCCACACCUGGAAACGCAUCUAUGCGAUCUGGCCUAGAUGAUAUGGAUUGGACUGCAGGUGUUUAUUUGAGUCCUCAGAGGAUGGGCUUGAUGACAGGAGUGGACUCCCCAGGGAGUUUUACAGAGGACAUCACUUUGAGCGCAGUUAUGUUGCGUGAGGAUGAUCCAGGUUUAACUGCUACAGCCAGUUUAUUCCCAAACUUCUUGGACUCUUUCCUGAAGCACUCAUCUAGUGGCAUCUUUGAUCUGAUAGAAUCUUAUGAGGACAACUGCAAUGAGCAGGUUGAGGUACUUAAGAAGAUUGUUAACCGUGCAACUCCCGGGCAACAGAAGUUCUCCAAAACAGCCAGUGUUCUUUGGUUCCUUCAGCAAGAGAUGGUAACCUGGCGAUUGAUUGGAUCCCUUUACAGGGACAGGAUAGAGUGUGAUGAUGAAGAGGAAUGCAUAUGUGAAUUGACUGACCCAAAUGCUAGUGAAAAGUUGAUCAUCGACACCCUUUUCCAGCGAGAUUCGCUUGUACGACAGAGUCAGAUUGUCGUUGACUGGUUAGAGAGCAUUGCCAAAGACGAAGCUGGAAACUUUGCAGAGAACAUUGAAUUUUAUGCAAAAUCUGUUUACUGGGAAAACACUCUGCAUAUUUUAAAACAGCGACGAUUGGGUGUCACGGGAUUUUCAAGGCAACUUGUGACUGAGCUGGAUCCAGAUGCUCCUAUACGACAAAAAUUGCCUCUUGCAGAUCUGGAUAGGGAAGAUGAUGUCCGAUUUAUGAAGUAUCUAUUUGCUCUUAUAAGAGCGGGCCUGACUGAUGAGGCUCAGAGACUGUGCAAACGUUGUGGUCAGGCUUGGAGAGCUGCAAGUCUUGAAGGCUGGAAACUAUAUCAUGAUCCUAAUUUAAAUGGUGGAAUGAUGCUUCAACCUGUGGAAGGCAACGCAUACCGAAGUGUUUGGAAGGCUUGUUGUUGGAGAAUGGCAGAUGAAGAACAGUUUAACCGGUAUGAACGAGCAAUCUAUGCAGCUCUAAGUGGAAAUCUCAAACAGCUUCUUCCAGUAUGUGAUACAUGGGAAGACUGUGUUUGGGCAUACUUCAGGAUCAUGGUGGAUAGUCUUGUAGAACAAGAAAUCCGUGCAGUCAGUAUUGCUGUGGAUGAGCUGGAAGAGUUACCCAGAGAGUACACAGAAGCCAAUUGGACCCUUGAGAAAAUAUUUGAAGAGCUGCAAGCAUUAGACAAAAAGCAAGUGUUGGAGGAGAAUAAAGCUCAUUACCAUAUCAUACAGAAAUUCAUAAUCUUGGGAGACAUUGAUGGCCUAAUGGAUGAAUUCCAUGACUGGCUAUCAAAAGGCAAAGUGCUCCUUCCAGCCCAUCUGCUUCGAUUCAUGACUCACUUUGUCUUGUUCUUGCGGUCUUUGUGCCUACAGACAAAGGAGGAUGUUUGCGUGGAUAUUAUCAAGACAUACAUAGAGCUUCUGAUCAAUGAGAAAUACACAGAUUUAAUAGCUUUCUACGUCAGCCACUUGCCUUCGGAUCUGGCCAUCACUCAGUAUUCAGCAUUUCUGGAGUCUGUCACAGAGACUGAACAACGGAAGCAUUGUCUGGAUCUGGCAAGAGAGUAUGGUCUGGAUGUAGCAGCAGUGACUAAGUGUGUUGUGGAAAACAUCCGGAAGAAGGAUGCUGGCGAGUUUACACACCAUGAUCUGGCACCGUCUCUUGAUGCAGCGACUACAAAAGAGGAUCGUAUGAAGAUUGAUGUCAUUGACUGGUUGGUGUUUGAUCCCACACAAAGAGCAGAGGCACUGAAGCAGAGCAAUGCUAUCAUGAGGAAAUUCUUGGCUUCUAAGAAACACGAAGCAGCUAAGGAAGUAUUUAGCAAAAUUCCAGAAGACUCUGUAGCAGAAGUUUAUAAACUGUGGGAAAAUCAAGCAAUGGAAACUAAUUUUCCAGCUGAGGAUGAAAAUGCUAUCCGGGAGCACCUGUGCAUAAGGGCUUAUUUGGAAGCUCAUGAAACGUUCAAUGAAUGGUUCAAACAGAUGAAGUGUGCUCCACAGACGCCUACUCUGGCUCCUCAUGCAAGUUUCACGGAGACAGUUGCUCACGAGCACAAAGAGAAGAAGUUCCAGAUGGAUUAUGAGAUGUGGAGUGGCCAUUUGGAGGCAUUAACAAGUGAAGUAAAAGAGAAAAUUUAUAACGUCUUGCUCUUUGUGAAUGGAGGCUGGAUGGUUGAUACCAGAGAGGAUGCUGAAGAAGAUGCUGAGCGCUCUCACCAGAUGGAUUUGCUCCGUCAGCUCUGCCUGCCAAUGAUGGGCUUCCUGCUUCACACUGUCCUGCACAGCACUAAACAAUACCAGGAGUGCUUAAAGCUGGCUGAUGUCAUUUCAUCAGAACAACAGAAGCUUUAUCAAGUAUUUUCUAAAGAGGAAAUGAGGAAGUUUUUGCAGAAGCUGAGAGAAUCAUCGCUGAUGCUGCUGGAUCAGAACCUUGAUCCUCUGGGAUAUGAUAUACAACCCAAGUAGUCUGAAAUCCAUGAUUUGUAAAAAUAUUGAACAAUUUGCGGAUUUCUUUGCAGAUUUGUCAUAUUGUAUUCUCUCCCCCACCUCCCCAUCCCAAUUUACAAUGGAGGUAGAACAUGAAAAUUUCAAUGGUUGGAUUUACAGUUUUAUUGAAUGCUGUAAUAUAAGCUAUUUUUGUACAAAAUACUUCUUCAGCCUUAUUCAAUGUUACAUCCAUUUUGCAAUUCUUUGAAAGGGUAUAUAUUACCGGCAAAUAAAGUUAAAAGAU